UCAGUAACGUCGCCGGGGUCCUUUCUGCCAUGGGAAUCUACGACCUUAAAGCCUGACAGGAGUGUGUUUUUCUUUUUUAAACAACAACCUCUUCACUGCAAAGAAAAGAAAAGAAUGUGAGGUCAUAACACGUUCUGAACUUAAGUGCCUGUUAAAGAAAGUAACUUAUAUGAAACUUUCACGGUAGAGUAUUUGACAUCCUAACUUGGUACAAGUGAUUUAAGGAAACAUGUCACUGGGGGAAUAUGAGAGGCACUGCGACUCAAUCAAUUCUGAUUUUGGAAGUGAAUCAGGUCGAAGUGGCACAGGUUCUAAUUCUGGGGCAAGUUUUGGAAUGGAGCAGGAGAAGCUUCAUUACAUUCCUAUCCGUGUGCUUGGAAGUGGAGCCUUUGGUGAAGCCACCUUGUACAGAAGAACAGAGGAUAACUCGCUUGUUGUGUGGAAGGAAGUUGACCUAAAGUGCCUGUCUGAGAAGGAGCGUCGUGAUGCUAUGAAUGAGAUUGUCAUCCUCUCUGUUCUGCAGCAUGACAAUAUUGUUGCUUAUUACAAUCACUUCCUGGACAAUAACAUUCUGCUGAUUGAGCUGGAAUACUGCAAUGGUGGAAACCUGCAUGAUAGAAUUCUUCAGCAGAAAGAGAAGUUGUUUGAAGAAGAGGUGGUGGUUUGGUUUCUUUAUCAGAUUGCUUCAGCAGUGAGCUACAUUCACAAAGCUGGAAUUCUCCACAGAGAUAUAAAGAGUCUCAAUAUUUUCUUGACUAAGGCAGACCUAAUCAAGCUUGGAGACUAUGGCUUAUCGAAGCAACUAAAUUCUCAGUACUCCAUGGCUGAGACGUGUGUCGGCACACCCUACAACAUGUCUCCAGAACUGUGUCGUGGUGAUAAGUACAACUUCAAGUCAGACAUAUGGGCAGUAGGCUGUGUUCUGUUUGAGCUGCUCACAUUAAAGAGGACAUUUGAUGCUACAAACCUGUUGAAUCUUUGUGUGAAGAUCAUGCAGGGAACGCGAAAUUUUGACAUGGAUACAAGUGCGUAUUCUCCACAGCUAAUUGAAAUGGUGCAGAUGUGCCUCGACCAGGAUCCGGAGAGAAGGCCUACUGCUGAGGAGAUACUAAACCAUCCGGUAAUUUCCCACAGAAAAAGGGAAAUGGAGCAAAGAGUUGCACUUUUGAAUCGACCCAACAAAAAAUCAAGAAUGAGUACUGCAAAUGAGCCACCCAUAGCAGUGGUCACAUCCCGCUGCAGCGAGGUAUAUUUCUGGGGAGGUGGCAAAGCAACACCGCAGAAACUAGACAUUUUUAAAGGAGGAUGUAGUGGCCAGCAGGUCUGCGCUGGAAAUACCCACUUUGCUGUUGUAACAGUGGAGAAGGAUCUCUACACUUGGGCCAGUGUACAGGGGGGUAUGAAGAUCAGUGGGCAGCUCGGGCAUGGUGAUACAGCAUCUUAUCGACAGCCAAAGCGUGUUGAAAGACUACAGGGCAAGUCAAUACAGCAGGUAGCUUGUGGAGAAGAUUUCACAGUCUGUGUUACUGAUGAAGGCCACGUGUACACAUUUGGGUCUGAUUAUUAUGGCUGUAUCGGAGUCAACAAUGAACUUGGACAGGAAUGUCCAUACCCAGUUCAUCUGGAUUUCUUUCUGGACCAUCCAGUAGAACAGGUGUCCUGUGGUGAAAAUCAUGUUGUGGUUCUAACCAGAAACAAGGAGGUCUAUUCUUGGGGCUGUGGGGAGCAUGGUCGCUUGGGCUUGGAUUCCGAGGAGGAUUUUCCUUCACCUCAGAAAGUUGAUAUCCCAAAAAGCUUAAGUAUUAUCCAGGUUGAAUGCAGUCCUGAUGGUACCUUCUUCCUUACGCAGUCAGGAAAAGUACUGGCAUGUGGAAAUAAUGAUUUUAACAAACUGGCUCUCAAUCAGUGUGUAUCUGGACUUCGCAAUCAUGAAAACAAAGCUUAUGUUGAUGUACCUUAUACAACAUCCUUGACACUGGCUAAGCAGCUUUCCUUCUACAAAAUCAAAAAGAUUGCACCAGGCAAAACCCAUACAGCAGCUAUAGAUGAACGUGGGCGUUUACUCACCUUUGGCUGCAACAAGUAUGGACAGUUGGGAGUUGGAGACUACAAGAAGCGAGUUGGCAUUAAUCUACUGUCCGGUCCACUUGGUGGGAAGCAGGUGAUUCGUGUGUCAUGUGGAGAUGGUUUCACAAUAGCUGUCACUGAUGAUAAACAUAUUUUUGCAUGGGGUAAUGGUGGAAAUGGACGCCUGGGAAUGACCCCAAAUGACAGACCAUUGGCUGGCUCAGAGGUCUGUGUAUCGUGGCCCCGACCCAUAUUUGGAUCUCUGCACCAUGUCCCAGACCUUUCUUGCUGUGGUUGGCACACCAUCAUCAUUGUUGAAAAGGUGUUGAACUCAAAAACAAUCCGAUCCAACAGCAGUGGACGCUCUAUUGGUGCUGUGGUCCAAGGUUCAUUUGGAGCAGAAGAUCUAGACAGCGAGCAGGAACCUGAAACUCCAGAUCAGAGUGGUGGCUCUGGAGGAACAGUGGAGGCAGAUGGAAUAGGUCGAUUCAGUGAUUCCAGCAGUGCAUUGAGUGAUAUGAAAGAUAGCUCUUGCCCUGAGUGGCUGCUGAAGGAACUGGAAGAUGCAGAAUUUAUUCCAAUGCCAGAUGCAUCCCAGGACUCUUCUGCAGUAAGCCUUUCUUGCUCUGGACCAGAGAAAGCUACCCUUCCAUAUGAGGAGCUGCAAGGUUUAAAAGCUGCGGCAGAGUCGCACAGUGAAUUUAUAGAUCCAACUCAAAAAGCUGAGGUAACUUGUAGUGAUGAAGGUAUGCUGAAUGAUACAGACGUUCUGCACUCUGCUUGUCAGUGUGAAGCCUUGCAAAAGGAAGUAAAGGGACUGAGACUGUCAGUGUUUCAGCUCGAGGAGCAUCAGCAGAAGCUGCAAGAAGAAAACAGCUGUCUCAGGAUAGAGCUCCAAAGGCUGGCAAAUGAAGUUGAAGAGAUGAAACAGCUUAAGCAGACUGUGGCCAAGCAAGAUGAGAUGAUGCAUUGGAUACAGACACAGAUGACUCUUAGGUCAAAAGAGAAUCAAAAAGCUGUGCAGUCUAGCGACCUUUCAGCAGGGAAGGAAUCACCAGACUCUGAACCUAAAGUUGGCCUUGAUUCGAGAUCAUGGUGCAUCUUGUGAUCAGACUCAACCGCUUAUUAAUUUGUCAGGCAUGAGCACCUAGUCCUCUGCCAACCCAAAUGUAUUACCAGAAUUGGGGUUGUUCUCCAGUUUCUCACCUACUAAACAAGUUACAGCUUGCCUUGCUUCAGUGUGUUAAUGGAAGAUGAGAAGGAGAUGGGUCUCUCUUCUGAACACCCAGUGCACUUCAGAUCGACUUUGAGAAAAAGAUAGAGGAGAGGAAUUAACAAGAUAACAAGAUAUCAGCUGUGUUUUGGGGUCUUCAGGAUGUGUCUACCAAGCCUGCUGUUGUCAGCAACAUUCGAGCCUGCAGGAUUUCCUGUUUUAUUUUUGUUACAGCUCGUUAGUCUGUGGUAUACAGGAAGGAAGUAUCAUACUAAACUGAAUAUUACUUUGAACAGGAGGUAACAGUUGUUUACUGUUCAGCUGUCAGCUGAUUUUUCAGCUAAUUUGCAUUGCAAACAUUUUUGAGAAUACAUUUCUCUGGUUUUCACACAUUGUAAAAUUGCAGUGAUGAUCUACUUUACUAUGGAUGUGGACUUCUCGAACUGGGCACAUGUUUCAUUGUAGUAUGCUUGGAUAGAGCUUAUGAAGCUUGGCGCUGACAAAAGAAACAGGCUUAUCUCUACAGGCAAAAAAAAAAAACAGUAAUUGUUUUUCAGCUCAGAUGAUUUGGACUGUUUGAUCAGCAUGUCUUUUCAUAUUGUUCUAUAUUAGGGAUAGCGUCAUGAUCAGAUUAAAACCUGUGCCUUAGCUAAAUGGACUUGUGAGAAAAGGUUUAGUUCGCUUAACGUUCUUCCCCUUUAGUUUCACAUAGUAAGCUUUACCUCUUCCCAACUUUCAGUUAACAUACCCCUAUCCUUAGUUUUACUAAUGAUUCAGAAGCUCUGUCUUAACCCACCCAUACAGCUAAUUUUAUGUGUCUUUGUCAUUUGCAAAUUAAUUUUACAGUUCUGAUGUUGCUUUUUCUUUGUCAGCAUUCAUUUAUUGUAUGCUUUUAACUCUUUCCCACUUAACAUUUUCUUUCUUUCUUCCCUCAAGGUUUAAUGUUUUAUAUAUAUGUAAUGCAUAUUUUGUUUUACAGUAGAGUAGUGGUGCCAGCACAUUUCCCUGUUUUAUUGGGUAUUUUUUAAGCAUUGCAGUGUUCAGACUUUGCUGGUAUCUGUUUUCCCAGCAGAAAAUAGACAGUGAUUUGAAGAGAGGAGAAUAUGAUGACUUAAUGUCCUUUUUGAAGUAAUCUUUGGGCUGCCAGUCAGUGAGCAGUGUUGUUUGCUAGAAGCCAUUUAUUGUUUUUGAAGUCAAAAAUAUAAAAACUAAGUUACCACAAACAGCACAAUGAAUAUCUGGCUUCUCAACCAUUCUAGCAUGACAGAGAUCUCAGAACAGUGUUGUUCUUUUCAUAUGUUUCAGGUUAAGUGUUGCCUGCAUAGAUAAUGUCCUGUAUAUAAGUCCAGAUUUUAACAAAGGAAUUGCUUACGUUUUUUUUUAUAUUCCAAGUGAAAACCUAAAAGCUUGCAAGUAGAUUAAGUAGCUUGGUCAGUAUUCAGUGUGCACAUGCAUAUAUUUGAAGGUGCAUACCUCAUUUUGUGAGCUUUUGUCCUGUGUUCCAUUGACUAAGUAGUACAGAAAUUAAUGAUACAAACUAACCAGAAAUUCAUACUGUCUGACAAGUAAUGCACAUUUGAGCAGGCCACAGUUCAGUAAUGAGACAAGAAGAAUCUUGUUUGUUAACUUGAAUUAAUCAGUUUGUUUUCUGAGGAUCACCUAGAAUCCUCUAGAACGACUUCUGGAAUAUUCAGAUGGCUGACAAAAUGUUUAUAUAUGCCAAAGAUUGUUGACUUUUUAAUUCCCACACAGAAAUUUGAACUGAAUGGACUGAAAUGAGUAAACCAGUUACUUUAAAAAAAGCAGUAUGGCAGAUUGUGUAUGGAGUUUGGCACUAACGGUCUUGGCUGGUUUUCUGCCUCACACGAUAAGUAAAACAAACUAGCUUUUACCUGUCCUGUACUUAUGAAUGUAAUAGUUUUGUUCUUUUUACACCUCCAUUCCAGUUGUCUAGGUAGAUUUCUUCACAUCUUGUUGCGCAGUGUUUCAGAAUAUCAUUUUAAUAGAAGCUUUACCUCCACAUAAAUUGUGUGUACAUACAUACAUGCAUGUAUGUUUUGUAUGAAUUGGUGUUAGCUUUCCUGCUUUAUUUUGGCCUCCUUCCACAUGCCUGUUUACUUUUGGGGUACCAGCUUAUAUAUUUGCAUAAUACGUUCUUAAAUUUCUUUUGUUAUUGUUUCUAGCAGCUUGAACAGAAAAGGUAUGCACCAUGUGUGUCACUUGCAAGAUGGCUUUAGUCCCAUCAAUGAGUAGUUCACUUAAGAAGGUCCUUGACACUGUGCUUAUCUUCACCUUUUUCACCAGUCUAUUGAAAGAAUAUCAGGUAAUGGUAGUGGUCACUUCAUAUUGGUUCAGGUGUCUGAAAGUUUGUUAAAAUGUAUUAUUUAUUAUAGUACUGUGUGUGUUACAGGAAGUAUUCCCAUAACCAUAACAUUUCUAUAUUUUAAUUUAUAGAAUGCUUUUUGAUUUUGUGGCCUAACAUUUUUUCGUAUUCUUUUUACAGGAACUGUAAGGAAAUGUCCUAUAAUGCAUCAUUAUUUCAGUUCAAGUUGCAGUUAAACAUGUCAUUGUGAAGUGCAUCCAGUGUGUGUUGUUUGUAUUACAGUUUUGAUUAAUGCUAGGUGUCACUUCCCAUUAAUGUUCUCUUUCAUUUUUUUUUUUUUUAUUCUCUGAUUACCUGUUUUAUCCCGGUCAGUGUCCUGGAGGAAUGCAGGUACAAGACAGAGACACUAAUCCUGGAUAGGAUACCAGUCUAUGGCAGGACACAAAUAUACAUAUCUGUGGGCUGACCCACAUCAGAUAAACAUUUUGUCUGUAUUGUUGAUUGAAGUUGAGGUCUGACUGGAUAACUCUGAAUUUUUUUUGUUCCAGAACAUAGAAAAGAAGGUUGUUUAACAGCAUUUUUGCUACCUUCUUCCUUAGGCUAACUUAAAAAGAGUAUUUUGCUGUAAAGAUGUGUCAGUCAUAACUUCUGAUGUAAAAAUCCCAGUAGUUCUGCAUGUCGUAGUUAUUCUGUCCAGUCUCCUCUUGCACUCAGAAUACAUGUAAAUAUUACUACUUAAUUGCUUGCAUAAUUAUGUUAAUCCCUUGUGGCUGGAGUUUUUACAGUGCUUCUCUCCUUACCUGAGUAUUAGGAGCUCUCCUGCUGGAAUAGUAUGAUGCUGUUCUGCUUCCCCUUCUGUACAGUAAUUUCUAGUCCUAGGAAGACUACUACUCUUCGUAUGUCUUAUAUUUGGUUCAUCAUAAGUCCGCACAUAUAUGUUUGUGUGUGAGAGAGAGAGUGAGAGAUUUCACGUGACUGAAAUAACUAAUUUGUCUUGCACAGUUCCUUUUUACAUAAGAGAGAUCAUAGGCAACUGUACAGGCCACAUGAACUAUUUUCACAAAUGUCAAUUUCAUAUAUGCAACAGAGAAACACUAUACAAACAUUUCUAUUUAUGGAAAAAAUAAUGUGCUGUUUUUGCUUUUUGUGUCACUUAAGUUUAGAGGUAGUUGGGUACAUAGCAUGUGCAGUUGUUCUUCUCAUGUUUGUUUUAAAGUUAUUUACAUUUAUCUGCUUAAAAAGUUAAUAUUAUUUUACCAG